GCUUCCCAGGCUGGCCUCUCUCCCUUGGCCCCGCCCUUCAGACCCUGCCCUCUCCCCGGCCUCGGCCCCGCCCCCGUCACCCCAGGGGGCUGGAGAAGCCUCCCUGGCGUGCGGGCGGCCCUUGCAAGAGGCACAGGCUCGAAGCACCAACCUUACCUCUCAGCAUAAUUGGUUUGCCCUGCUGGGGAAAGGUGGGAUCCAUUGAACAGACCCUGACAGCCUUCCUGAGCACCGGAGGCUUCCGACGCGCCUUUGCAGACCCUCCCCAACCAGCAGCUUCUGUGAGUCUGGCCUGAUACCUGCCUUAUCUCCUCCCUGAAUGUGGUAGCUCCACCCCAGGCCUACAGCAUGCAGUCCCAGGAGAGUGGUGUUCACUACAGCAGGUGGGACAGCAGCAGCCGGGAUGAAGUCAGCAUGACCGCCAUGUCCAGCUCGGAAGAAGCCUCAUGCUAUAGGAGGAUCUCCCAGAAGCUGUGCUCUGGCAAGCUGGGGAUAGCCAUGAAGGUGCUGGGUGGAGUGGCCCUCUUCUGGAUCAUCUUCAUCCUGGGUUACAUCACUGGCUACUACGUGCACAAGUGCAAAUAAAUGCUGCCCCACUCCCAGCCCUGGGGAUUCCCUCCCAUGUACACAGGCCAUUUGUGCAGACACUCCUCCAUACAGACCCCAGGGCAUAUGAAGAUGCCAGUGUGCACUGUCAACAUGGCUCCCCAUCUCCAGUACACAGGGUAGACCCAAGACUGAAACCCCAGCCCAGGCAGCCACCAGCGAGAGUCACACAGGCUGGAGACUAGGCUAAGCUCCAGCUGAGCAGCAGGGAACCACCCCCACCCCCCACCCCCAGGUUGGGCUUUGUGCCCCGAUUCCUUUGGCCAGUGCUCCAUCUUCCCCAGCCUAGGCCCGUCCCUAGCUGAGGUUGGAAUGAGUGAUGGUCUGUGCAGGGGGGUGCUUGGCAGCCCUCAGGGGUGAGCUUCUCCCUGUGGGCAGGGCUCCUGGUCUUUUGGCCUUCCAGAUUCCUGGUUGUGCAGGAUGGGCCCUGAAUAACGACUGUGGCUCCUAUUUUUUCCAGGGCACACAGACAGGGCCUCAAAUCUUUCUGUGCAGGGCACAGGGGCUUACCACCUCAGGGAUGGCCCGGAGAGAAGCUGUGUGCCCUACCGGCUGCCUCCCCACCAGCCCCCACUCCUUAGAGACUGUAGACAAAUCACUGCUGAAGGAACAGUGGGUGACAGACUCUCUCCACUAGCACUGCCCAGCCAGGCAUGACUUGUUCCAGGCCUGACCCUCCUCCACAGCUCCUCCUGUUUGGCUCUGUCUUGGAAUGUGCCCCUCCUGACUGGGCCUUCUCCCAAGAACACAGAGACCCAAGGGUCAGGAUGUGGCUGGACCUGUUCCCUCCUUACUGGACCAUGUGAGGACAUGACGCUGAACAAGGGCACUGUGACUCGAUGGGGACUUUGGUCCCCUCUCCAGUGGCCCAUGUAGAACUUCUCUGGACCACACCUUGUUCCCAGUAUGCUGUGAAUUGGCGCAAGGCUGGCGGGCUGUGGCUAGAAAACUGUGAGGUCUGCACACUGACCUGAGAGGGUGGCAGGCACAGGGGCUGCUGCUAUCAGUGGCCAAAGGAAGGAGGCCAGAAGCCAACCCCUGCUUCUCCCUGGCCAGCGAGGCUGGUAUGGCUGGCCUCCUCAUCCUAAGAGGCUCCUGGUUAGGCCCGACCUAAGCUUCAGUGGUCCUUGUGUGGGAGAUUGCAGUAGAGCUACUCCAACUGACCUGGACCUCUGUAGUACAAGUCUAGACCCCAAGUCUAACAGACAACUCCACCCCCACCCCUCCACUCACAGGCUCCAAAUGAGGUAAGACGGUGGUGUGUUCUCCACCUCACCCGCACCCCCCAGUCCUGAGCUGCCGCAAGGCGGGCAUCGCAAGGCGGGCAUCGGGAGGAAGUCCCAGUGAAGGACCCCCUAAGGCCUAGUGGAGCUCUUGUCAAGAGGUCAUCUUUGGAGCAGGUGUGUAGCAAGACAGGGCAGACAUGGCUGAGCCAGGGACAUGGGUGCAGUAGAGAGGUGACAGGAAGGAGUAGUAUUUGAUGCAGGAGGCACCAUGUGGAAGGAAAGGAACGGGAGCACUGUCCUCAGGCGUCUCCUGUAGUCCCGGGCUGACAGUGAGGCGGGCUUCCAGCCACAUUCUGCACUCCACACUGGGUCAGGUGCUCCCAGCCCACUCCUGGCAGCUGCCCAGUAAUCUUGCGGAGCUGCUCAGUGAGCCCCAUGGUCAUGGACACCCUACCCUGGUGGGGGUUCGGGCUGCUCUCCCAUGUAUGAUGUCUGCUACACCUGAGGACUGGUGAACUGCAACACUGUCCUGGGAGACGCAUGUGCUAAGGCUGCUGAUGCAGAGAUGUCGUUACCAAGGGUUUUUAUUAGAACAAAGAGGCGUUCUGCUUGAAUCUGUAAAAACAGUUUCAAAAAUCUCAAUGAAUCUCACACCUGGGCUGGGCUGGGCUGGAGGGAACAGCAGGAACUGGGGGGAGACAGGGUGAGCACAGGAUAGCUCCACCCUAAACACUUAGUAGGUGAGUACUUGCCACAGCCACUCAAAGGGACCUGUGAGCAGCCGUGUCUCAUGGAGAACAGCUACCAGCGUUGUCCAGGGUCUGCCACGAGGAGCCUGGAGCUUCACUAGUUCUGACAGCUAACGGCUCUCGCACGGCCUUAGGAUGAAAGCCGCACGCAACCCCAAACAGGUGUUCUUUUACAGAAGGUAGAAAUGGUCCUUUAAGGUCAGAGGUCACCAACGAGAAGGUGUCGAGGGGGAAGGCUGAGGGUCUGGUUCUCUUCUCAGCCAGAUGGCAAGGCACGGGGCCACCAAGUCCUCUGUGCAGCUGCUGGGUCCUUAGGACCAGGCACUGUGGCUCGAGGGAUGGCAGCUGUGUGCUGGUACAGAUGCGUACACAUGCGGAGAUGGGAUGUGCGCAGUCAGGAUGCACAGAGAUGGGACAUGAAUAGUGGGACACGCUGACAUGGAGCCUGCAGGGCCAUGUGUGAGGCACAGUCCACGAAGCAUCUGUCUGACUACAAAGGACUACACGGACAUAGAUAACUUCCUUGGCCAAGGCGCAGAUGUGCCAACAACGACCAGCACUACAGUUCCAAGCACAGCCGUGGAAGGCAGAUGCUGCCCUGGGAGCAUGGCGGCAGCACGGUGCCUGGAAACAAGCUCUAAGAAGAUUACACUCACAACAUGAUGUUCUCAACUGUCUAUGCACAGCUGAUUUAAAAAAAAAUUCUAUUAACAUGUUGUAGAAAAAUAAAUACUGUUCAAUAGAAUGCCUGCGUUCAACCUGACUCUCCAGCACGGCCACAGGCCACAUGAUUCAGAACAUCCCCAGCAGUUACUGAGUGAUCCAUGAGGACAGGAGACAGGAGAGUCACAUUGGAGCUAU